AUGCAGCAACCCUGGUUGCAGGAAGGAAUUUACCUGGACCAGUCAACCUUUACUGCCAGGGACCAAGCUACCUGCUGGGAAUUUCCUCAUCUGCAUGGCUACACUAUUUGCUGGUGGGUCCUUCACAAAGAUGAACCCCAUAUUCCAGCAUAUGGGACUGGCCUGUGUGUCAUUAAAUACUUUCUUCAAGUACCAACCGGUAACCUGUUUUCCUGUACAAAAUGUUAUUCAAUAAGCAUUUGUAAAGCAUUUGUAAAUUUGCUGUUAGUUAUGCAACAUCAAUUUAUUUCUUCGAGAAUGAAUUUUUUUUCAGUUUUGGUAUUACAUCUAUACUGAGAUGCUUUUUUUUUAUUUUUCCUACUUUUCCUAGUAUACAAUAUCAUUAUAGAUACCUUUCUAAACCUGUUUUCAACUCAAAUUUUAGACUUGGUUGUUCCCCACUGUACAUCUCUUUUGGAAGCGCUACCAAGCAAACUUGUUCUCUCAGCCAAGGUUCUGGGGGAUCUUACAAUAGCAGGAGAUGGAAGGCACGAUAGCAUGGGCCACUGUGCUAAAUACGGUGCCUACACCAUCUUCUGUUGCACAUUGCCACGGAUCAUCCAUUUUGCACUUGUACAGGUAUAAUCAUUUAGUUGCUGGUACAUUUUUAGCCAUAUAGUAUGUACAACCCCAUGUCAGCUGUACUAAUGCAACUGAAGGCUGGUGUAAAUUUCUUGUUUUUAAUUGUUUCUUGUUUUUUGUUAGUUUUAACAAUCAGAUGUAUCUGAGAUAUGAGUUACUACUUUCAAGUCACUAGUCAAUGUUUGCAAGCCAGUUGCUAUGCUAGUACCUGCUCAGGGUUUCAACUCAUGUGUCGUAUUAAAUUUCUGGCAGAGAAAUCAAGCCGGAAGCAGCCCAGCCAUGGAGUUAAUGGGAUUCCAGAAGUGCAUUGAUUUUCUGCUUGGAUGUGGCCUUGUCAUCACUGCGUUUAUUUCAGACUGGCACACCCAGAUUGCAAGUCACAUGAAGAAUGUUUUGACACAUAUCAAACAUUACUUUGACCUCUGGCAUCUAAAAAAGAGUCAUGAUGACUUUCUUCUCUAGUUGUUUAUGUUCAACAUUUUUCAGCACAAAUCUAAAGUACUUUUUUCAAAACUCCUGUUAUAGGGGUAUGACUUUCCUCGAGCAGUAACACUGUACGAAAACAUUAUUUGCCACCAUCUUGUAUCUACACAUCAUAUAAACGCAAUGUUAUAAAUAACUAUGACUUAGCUUAAGCACUUUAAUGUUCAAAAGAUACUUAACUUAACAGUAUAAUCUUGGAUAUGAAUUAGACUGCUAUCAUUUAUCAACAUUAAAGGUGAAACUGAUUUUACUGUUUCUCUGUUCCUGAAGAGAUCACUAAAUUGCUGUCCAAAAUUUCCAAGGAGAAAGGGAAUGAGGAUCUCCGGCCUUGGAUAAAGCCCUGUGAAAGACACCUGUACUGGAGUGCUACUACUACGUCUGAUGGAAAUGGGAAGAUCAUAUGGGCCAAAUUCAAGUCUUUUCUGAGCCACAUUGUGAAUAGACACACCGACUUGGAUGAGCCUCUCUUCAACAAGUGCGCACGUGGAGAUAUUCCUGAUCGGACAUGGAUUAAUCCUGGUAUAGUUGAUAGAUUUUUUUUUUUGUUACAUGGCUCCAAAAGGCCUGCCUUUCCAUCAUUGUAUUCAACUUAAAAUUUCUGAGACAUUGCAGAGAUCUCCAAACGGUCUCCUUAAACAUGUAAAUCUAGGUGCAGAAGAGGGCAAAGUAAACUUCUCACACUUUAAUUUACAAUUUUAUUUUUAGAGGACAUAGUGUAUGAGAAGACGAAAAAGGCCUUGACUGCUGACAGCCUAAAAAAAGGAAUCAUGCAAGCAUCCCCAAGUGCUCAGACUGACUGUCUUGAAGGGUUUCACUCUGUUCUCAACUUUUUUGCACCAAAGAUAAUUGCUUAUUCCUAUCUUGGAAUGUACUGCAGGUAGGCUGAACUAAUGUGUACAGUGCAAUAAUCACUAUUGCUAUCAGUAUUCUCUUAAUCAUUAGGUCAAUAAUGCAAUUUAGAUCUGUUGGUUUUGAGUACAAGUUUGGCUAAUAAGAUCGAUAGGAUUUAAUAAUAGACACUUAAUGAUUGGUCCAAGGGAAAAAUCCCAGCUAAUUAUUAUUCUUGUCUCAUUGAGAAGUUGUUUCCACAGCUGAGAUAAUACUAUGCAGAAUAUAUUAUUAUACCCUAACCUUUUCUAUUUUAUCUCUUCUAGGCAUAUACUAGCUGCUCUGCACUUUAACUAUAAUUUACACAGAGAAGGGAAAGUGAACAAAGAUGGAAGUGUCCCUUUGAAAGUGACCUACCCAAAGUUUAAAAGUGGAGAGGCUACUGUGAGAAAUCUAAAGAUCAAGCCCAUUUUUGGUAUUUAUUUACUAUCAUUUGUAGAGUAAAAUUGUAAUGUUAGAUAGAUUUGAUAUUUAAUUUAUUGCUAUUGAAGUUUUUUAGUAAUUUUUUAAUAUACACUCUGGAAACAUGUGUUUUUGUCUUAUUUACUGUCUAGACUAUGUGGGAGAACUCUUCCAGUUUUUUAUGACAUUGAGCAAACAACAGCUGCAGGAUGCAUGCAUUGAGUUGAAGAACAUGGUUCCAGAUCCAGUGAAUACCAUGCUUGAGAAACAACCCAGGGAAGAGGCCAUUAGGAAGCGGACAGAGAGGAUGAGAAUGGUUGCAAAGGAUGUACCUCCGACGGCACCAGGUUUGUUUACUGUUAAUUUUCCAGGCUUCACUAUUCCGAGCUGAGGUGAGAUGUCUCACCAAAACUAAUAACAAUCUAUGUGCCUUGUAACAUGUCUAAACUAGUAUCCUAGUGGUUCUUAGUCAAAUGAUGGAGGCAUUUUAGGGAUGACAGGAACUCGUGAAAUAAUAAUGACUUCUGAAUUAUGACACCACCUUCAUUUCUUUAUUGCAGCACGAGAUCCGACAUCAAGUGAAAGAAGACAACAGCCUUCUAGGGCACUGCCACGAUGUUCUAUCUGCAAGAACCCUAUGAGGGGCCAUAAUUCUAUCCCUGAUUGUCCAAGAAAUAGGAAGGAUUGACUUGCAAUGUAAAAAAAAACAAUAAAAACCUAUUAGUGUCUACAACAUGAAAUUUUGAGACUUAAGAAAAAUCUAGAAGCCUUUUUACAUUUCCCAUAUAUUGGUGCUUUUACUUAGGUUUUAAUGACAUUUUGCACAUUAAUAUAAGAUAAAUGAGUUGGAAUGUUUGUAUUCCAUUCUAGUUAAUAAUAUUGUUUCAAAAUUAUGUCACUAAUUAUUUCUUUGCGAUGAAAAUAGUGCAUUUCAAAACAGUGACUGAAUAUUGUGUCUAAAACAACUAGAAGUUGACUCAAUAAUAUUUUGCUAUAUUAAUAUUCAUACCUGAAUAAAACAAAUUAAUAUAAUAUUUGAAUCAUUUAUACCUAACCUCACGGUGAUUUCUUUUGUUUAAUUUACCCACACAGCCAGGUAUGAAUUAUUGCUAAGGCAUGUCGACAAAAUUAUAAAAAAAUGGUUUCUUUUGGAGAAAGGUCAUUUUAUCACAUUGAUGUCAAAUUUGCUCUGUAUAAUUGUUUACAACAAUUUCUUUCUUGUUUAUUGUCCCUCAAGCAGCCAAGUAUAAGUUAUAUAGGAGGUAGAACCCUGGUAACUGGAACUCUAAAGGGAAAAGGAAGCCGGGUUUCGAGUUAUCGGGGUCCGUUGGGUAAAUUUUGAUCAAGGACAACAAAGUUUAGUGUAAAGUUUAUCCGAGUUUGAGUUACCGGGGUUCUACUAUAUAUUUAUUACAAAAAGCACAAAAUGGUUUAAUAAAAUUUCAAAAGGAGAGAAGUUCACUAUUAAUCACAGUCACAAGAAAUUGGUAGUGUUAUUUUUAUAUAAAAAAGUUUUUUUUUUUGUUUCAAAAGGAAGUAAGGAUCUGGUCUUCUAUUCUUCGUCUAACUGAAAUCCUGUCACUGGCUCAUCCUCUUUGCUGGGGAAUGCUUUCCGGAUUGCAGUGUCGGCACAGGCAGGAAGAGGGAUCCUUCUUUUUCCCAAGUAUCCAUGAACAAGUCGGGUAAAUUCCCUGUAUGCAAUCGAUCUGAGAUAUCUAAAAAAGACAAAUUUUUUUUUAUUUUUCCUACUUUUCCUAGUAUACAAUAUCAUUAUAGAUACCUUUCUAAACCUGUUUUCAACUCAAAUUUUAGACUUGGUUGUUCCCCACUGUACAUCUCUUUUGGAAGCGCUACCAAGCAAACUUGUUCUCUCAGCCAAGGUUCUGGGGGAUCUUACAAUAGCAGGAGAUGGAAGGCACGAUAGCAUGGGCCACUGUGCUAAAUACGGUGCCUACACCAUCUUCUGUUGCACAUUGCCACGGAUCAUCCAUUUUGCACUUGUACAGGUAUAAUCAGUUGCUUGCUGGUACAUUUUUAGCCAUAUAGUAUGUACAACCCCAUGUCAGCUGUACUAAUGCAACUGAAGGCUGGUGUAAAUUUCUUGUUUUUAAUCGUUUCUUGUUUUUUGUUAGUUUUAACAAUCAGAUGUAUCUGAGAUAUGAGUUACUACUUUCAAGUCACUAGUCAAUGUUUGCAAGCCAGUUGCUAUGCUAGUACCUGCUCAGGGUUUCAACUCAUGUGUCGUAUUAAAUUUCUGGCAGAGAAAUCAAGCCGGAAGCAGCCCAGCCAUGGAGUUAAUGGGAUUCCAGAAGUGCAUUGAUUUUCUGCUUGGAUGUGGCCUUGUCAUCACUGCGUUUAUUUCAGACUGGCACACCCAGAUUGCAAGUCACAUGAAGAAUGUUUUGACACAUAUCAAACAUUACUUUGACCUCUGGCAUCUAAAAAAGAGUCAUGACGACUUUCUUCUCUAGUUGUUUAUGUUCAACAUUUUUCAGCACAAAUCUAAAGUACUUUUUUCAAAACUCCUGUUAUAGGAGUAUGACUUUCCUCGAGCAGUAACACUGUACGAAAACAUUAUUUGCCACCAUCUUGUAUCUACACAUCAUAUAAACGCAAUGUUAUAAAUAACUAUGACUUAGCUUAAGCACUUUAAUGUUCAAAAGAUACUUAACUUAACAGUAUAAUCUUGGAUAUGAAUUAGACUGCUAUCAUUUAUCAACAUUAAAGGUGAAACUGAUUUUACUGUUUCUCUGUUCCUGAAGAGAUCACUAAAUUGCUGUCCAAAAUUUCCAAGGAGAAAGGGAAUGAGGAUCUCCGGCCUUGGAUAAAGCCCUGUGAAAGACACCUGUACUGGAGUGCUACUACUACGUCUGAUGGAAAUGGGAAGAUCAUAUGGGCCAAAUUCAAGUCUUUUCUGAGCCACAUUGUGAAUAGACACACCGACUUGGAUGAGCCUCUCUUCAACAAGUGCGCACGUGGAGAUAUUCCUGAUCGGACAUGGAUUAAUCCUGGUAUAGUUGAUAGAUUUUUUUUUUUGUUACAUGGCUCCAAAAGGCCUGCCUUUCCAUCAUUGUAUUCAACUUAAAAUUUCUGAGACAUUGCAGAGAUCUCCAAACGGUCUCCUUAAACAUGUAAAUCUAGGUGCAGAAGAGGGCAAAGUAAACUUCUCACACUUUAAUUUACAAUUUUAUUUUUAGAGGACAUAGUGUAUGAGAAGACGAAAAAGGCCUUGACUGCUGACAGCCUAAAAAAAGGAAUCAUGCAAGCAUCCCCAAGUGCUCAGACUGACUGUCUUGAAGGGUUUCACUCUGUUCUCAACUUUUUUGCACCAAAGAUAAUUGCUUAUUCCUAUCUUGGAAUGUACUGCAGGUAGGCUGAACUAAUGUGUUCAGUGCAAUAAUCACUAUUGCUAUCAGUAUUCUCUUAAUCAUUAGGUCAAUAAUGCAAUUUAGAUCUGUUGGUUUUGAGUACAAGUUUGGCUAAUAAGAUCGAUAGGAUUUAAUAAUAGACACUUGAUGAUUGGUCCAAGGGAAAAAUCCCAGCUAAUUAUUAUUCUUGUCUCAUUGAGAAGUUGUUUCCACAGCUGAGAUAAUACUAUGCAGAAUAUAUUAUUAUACCCUAACCUUUUCUAUUUUAUCUCUUCUAGGCAUAUACUAGCUGCUCUGCACUUUAACUAUAAUUUACACAGAGAAGGGAAAGUGAACAAAGAUGGAAGUGUCCCUUUGAAAGUGACCUACCCAAAGUUUAAAAAUGGAGAGGCUACUGUGAGAAAUCUAAAGAUCAAGCCCAUUUUUGGUAUUUAUUUACUAUCAUUUGUAGAGUAAAAUUGUAAUGUUAGAUAGAUUUGAUAUUUAAUUUAUUGCUAUUGAAGUUUUUUAGUAAUUUUUUAAUAUACACUCUGGAAACAUGUGUUUUUGUCUUAUUUACUGUCUAGACUAUGUGGGAGAACUCUUCCAGUUUUUUAUGACAUUGAGCAAACAACAGCUGCAGGAUGCAUGCAUUGAGUUGAAGAACAUGGUUCCAGAUCCAAUGAAUACCAUGCUUGAGAAACAACCCAGGGAAGAGGCCAUUAGGAAGCGGACAGAGAGGAUGAGAAUGGUUGCAAAGGAUGUACCUCCGACGGCACCAGGUUUGUUUACUGUUAAUUUUCCAGGCUUCACUAUUCCGAGCUGAGGUGAGAUGUCUCACCAAAACUAAUAACAAUCUAUGUGCCUUGUAACAUGUCUAAACUAGUAUCCUAGUGGUUCUUAGUCAAAUGAUGGAGGCAUUUUAGGGAUGACAGGAACUCGUGAAAUAAUAAUGACUUCUGAAUUAUGACACCACCUUCAUUUCUUUAUUGCAGCACGAGAUCCGACAUCAAGUGAAAGAAGACAACAGCCUUCUAGGGCACUGCCACGAUGUUCUAUCUGCAAGAACCCUAUGAGGGGCCAUAAUUCUAUCCCUGAUUGUCCAAGAAAUAGGAAGGAUUGA